GUGAUGACGUCAGCGGCCCUGUAGCAGCGCCACGUCUCUUUGGAGCGGUGUUUCCGGCGUGCAGUUUCCGGGUUCAGUGGCCGGCUCCGUUUCUGCAGCCAUGUCGGUGUCGGUUCUUUCCGUUGUGUCCCGCUUUUUGGAGGAGUAUGUGAGCUCCACUUCUCAGCGCCUCAAGCUGUUGGACGCCUAUCUGCUAUACAUACUGCUGACGGGAGCCAUGCAGUUUCUAUACUGCCUGCUGGUGGGCACCUUCCCCUUCAACUCAUUCCUGUCCGGCUUCACCUCCUGCGUGGGCUCCUUCAUCCUGGGUGUGUGCUUAAGGAUCCAGAUCAACCCCCAGAAUAAAGGAGACUUCCUAGGCAUAUCUCCAGAAAGAGCCUUUGCGGACUUUCUUUUUGCCAACACUAUAUUGCAUUUGGUUGUCGUUAACUUUGUUGGAUGAAUUCUCUGUCCUGCUGCAUGUUUUGAGUUUCUAGAACUAUUGUGCUGUUGAAGCGAAGCUAUUUUGGACAUUGCUGGACGUCUGGAUUAUACAUUACCAACUUUUCUUUUUUUGUGACCUGACACUAUGUUGCCUCCACAUGACCAUGGCUUGGCGCCCCUUCCUGUGAUAACAUAUGACAAAGCCAAUAAAGAUGUGACUUUCUUA